CGUCCGUGCAUUGCGAGGAACUGAAGGACAGUCCCUGAUGCCGCACAUCCCCCGGCCUGAGAGGAAAAGCGAGAGCGAGCUGCCGGGGCCUAACGAUGAGUUACCUCAGCGAAAGCGGCGGGGCCGUUAGGUCCCUCCUCGACUUAAGUCUUCAUUGCUUAACAAGGAACAUAUCCAGAUAUGCGGAAGAUAUUAAGCCUUUGCCUCCCAACAUCAAAGAUAAACUGAUCAAAUCAUUGAGUGUCCAAGGGUGGAUAAGUGAUUCAAAUAUUAAUAUGGUUUUGCACCCUGCAGUAGAGGCACUCGACCUUCGGGACUGUGAUGUUUCAGAUAAUGCCUUGCAACAGCUUUGUAACUGCAAACAGCUUAAGAAAAUUAACUUAAACAUUUGGAAAGGCAACAGACUAACAGUCACUUCAGAAGGGGUUGCAGCACUGGCCUUGUCAUGCCCUUAUUUACGUGAAGUCUCUUUUAAAAGAUGUAGCAACGUUACAGAUAGUGGAGUCCUUGCCCUUGCCCUCCACUGCCCACUUUUGCAAAUAGUUAACAUAGGUGGAUGUUCCAGCAUUACAGAUACAUCACUGCAAGCUCUUGGACAGAACUGCCAAUCCCUACAUAGUGUGGAUUUUUCAUCUACCCAGGUUACUGAUGAUGGUGUAAUAGCACUUGUUAGUGGAAUGUGUUCAAAGAAUUUAAAGGAGAUCCAUAUGGAAAGGUGUGUGAAUCUGACUGACAUAGCUGUGGAAGCUGUUCUCACUUGCUGUCCAAGGAUAUACAUUUUUCUGUUCCAUGGAUGCCCACUGAUAACAGAUCGUUCUCGAGAAGCCCUGGAACAGUUGGUUGGACCAAAUAAGUUUAAGCAGGUUUCAUGGACUGUUUAUUGAUUUUUCUUUAGUUGUUGAUGGCCUCUCUUUUUCAAGAAAGAACCAUGCCUGGAACUGCAUGUCUCUGGUGUUGUAGAGAGUACUGUCUCCCACUGACAUGCUUCGUUUCUAUUUCAACUGCCAAAGGUAGUGGCACUAAUGCUGUGUUUAUUUUCUUGAUUAACGAGAAUGUUGCUCUUUUUCCCACUCCACAUGAUGGAUUACGAAUAGGAAGUUGUUAGUGUUCAUAUAAGAGCAACAGGUCAGAACUGUAAUUCAGGAAUCAUUAUGUUCAAAUGUUAAGUUCUGUGGCAGUGAAGAACUAGCAGGAAAAUGUGAUGUAGCAGGUGGUGAGCCAGCAAGACUUGACAGCCACUAUUUCAUCUAAGCAUUUUAUAAGGUCACCUGCUCAGCCAUCACUUUGGGGAGGGUCAGUUAUGUUUCAAGGUAGCCAUUAUAAUUGGAGACGUGAGGUUUUGUUUACUGCAUGCUGGUUCUUGUUUUGAAAUAAAUGCUCCUACCAUCUUCA